AUGAGCGCCAUUUGUGCCAAAUUGAAAAAACUUACAACUAACAUUUCACUCAAUAGGUUACUAUUUCCAAAUCUUAAUUUACGUCAUCAAUAUAGAAUAUUAAAGUAUAUUCCAGUUAAACGACUUAAUAGAUACAUCAACUACAACAGUGUCAACACUACUAAUAACGACACCAACGAUAACAAACUAAAGAAUACCAUUGAUAAUAAAUAUAGGAUGUCUGACGUAACAACAGAGGUGAGAAAUUACACUCAAAUGCAUCAGAAAUUAGCUGACCACUUUAAAGGGUUGAACUCGGCAGAUAAUGCUGAGCCAGGUAAGGUGACGGACUUUGUAAGAUCGCACGAAGGUCACACGGUAAUUUCGAGAGUUUUAAUUGCAAAUAACGGUAUUGCUGCCGUCAAGGAGAUCAGAUCGGUUAGAAAAUGGGCCUACGAGACAUUCGGUGAUGAAAGGGCCAUUCAAUUCACUGUGAUGGCUACCCCAGAAGAUUUGGAAGCUAAUGCGGAGUACAUUCGUAUGGCGGACCAAUUUAUCGAGGUUCCAGGUGGAACUAACAAUAAUAAUUAUGCCAACGUUGAGUUGAUCGUGGAAAUUGCCGAAAGAACCAAUGUUGACGCUGUCUGGGCCGGAUGGGGUCAUGCUUCAGAAAACCCAUUAUUACCAGAAAUGUUAGCUGCCUCUCCAAAGAAAAUCUUGUUUAUAGGGCCUCCGGGAUCUGCUAUGAGAUCUUUAGGAGAUAAGAUUUCUUCUACUAUCGUAGCUCAACACGCAGAUGUUCCAUGUAUUCCAUGGUCCGGUACUGGCGUUAGGGAAGUUAAGAUUGACGAAGAAACUAACUUGGUUUCGGUUUCCGACGCUGUUUACGCCAAGGGUUGUUGCACAAGUCCAGAAGAUGGUCUUGUUAAGGCAAAAGAAAUUGGUUUCCCAGUCAUGAUCAAAGCUUCUGAAGGUGGUGGUGGUAAAGGUAUUAGAAAAGUCGAUAACGAAAAAGACUUUAUUGCCUUAUACAAGCAAGCUUCGAACGAAAUUCCAGGAUCUCCUAUUUUCAUUAUGAAGUUAGCCGGUGAUGCUAGACAUUUGGAAGUUCAAUUAUUAGCCGAUCAAUACGGUACGAAUAUUUCUCUUUUUGGAAGAGAUUGUUCCGUUCAAAGAAGACAUCAAAAGAUCAUUGAAGAGGCUCCAGUCACUAUUGCCAAAAAAGAAAGUUUCCACGCCAUGGAAAACGCUGCCGUAAGGUUAGGUAAAUUAGUUGGCUAUGUUUCUGCAGGUACAGUUGAAUACCUUUAUUCGCAUAGUGAAGAUAAAUUCUAUUUCUUAGAAUUGAAUCCAAGAUUACAAGUUGAACAUCCGACUACUGAAAUGGUCACUGGGGUUAAUUUACCAGCUGCCCAAUUACAAAUUGCUAUGGGUAUUCCAAUGCACCGUAUUAGGGAUAUUAGGUCAUUAUACGGUGUAGACCCUCACACUUCUACCGAAAUUGAUUUUGAAUUUAAGACUGAAAGUUCAUUAGUUAGUCAGCGUCGUCCUGUUCCAAAGGGCCACACUACUGCAUGUCGUAUUACUUCAGAAGAUCCAGGUGAAGGAUUUAAGCCUUCUGGGGGUUCGUUACAUGAAUUGAAUUUUAGAUCAUCUUCUAAUGUCUGGGGUUAUUUCUCUGUCGGUAAUCAAUCUUCUAUUCAUUCUUUCUCCGAUUCGCAAUUCGGUCAUAUUUUUGCCUUUGGUGAAAACCGUUCUGCUUCAAGAAAACAUAUGGUUGUUGCUUUGAAAGAAUUAUCUAUUAGAGGUGAUUUUAGAACUACCGUGGAAUAUUUAAUUAAAUUAUUAGAAACACCAGAUUUUGAAGACAAUACAAUCACUACUGGAUGGUUAGACGAAUUAAUUUCAAAGAAAUUAACGUCCGAAAGACCUGAUCAUAUUGUUGCAGUUGUGUGUGGUGCCGCUACCAAAGCCCAUAUUCAAUCCGAAGAAGAUAGAAAAGAGUAUAUCCAAUCAUUGGAGAAAGGUCAAGUUCCAAACAAAGCUUUAUUAAGGACUAUUUAUCCAAUUGAAUUCAUUUAUGAAGGAUAUAGAUAUAAAUUCACCGCAACCAAGUCAUCUAAUGAUUCUUAUACUUUAUUCUUAAAUGGUACAAGAGGAGUUGUUGGUGUUCGUUCAUUAUCUGAUGGUGGGUUAUUAUGUGCAAUUGACGGGAAAUCUCAUUCUAUUUAUUGGAAAGAAGAGCCUGCUGCAACCAGAUUAUCAGUGAAUGGUAAAACCUGCUUAUUAGAAGCUGAAAACGAUCCAACACAACUAAGAACACCAUCUCCAGGUAAGUUAGUGAAGUACUUAAUUGAAAGUGGUGAACAUGUUAAUUCCGGAGAAGUUUAUGCUGAGGUUGAAGUUAUGAAAAUGUGUAUGCCAUUAAUUGCCCAAGACAAUGGUGUUGUUCAAUUAAUAAAACAGCCUGGCUCUACAGUGAAUGCUGGUGAUAUUUUAGCUAUUUUAGAGUUAGAUGACCCAUCUAAGGUUAAACAUGCUAUGCCUUACGAAGGAACCUUACCUCCAUUAGGUGAUCCUGUCGUUAGAGGUACCAAAUCAGCACAUGCUUUCCAACAUUAUACUAAUAUUUUGAGAAAUAUCUUAGCAGGGUUUGAUAAUCAAGUUAUCAUGAAUUCAACUUUGAAGAGCUUAAUUGAGAUCUUAAAAAACAAAGACUUGCCCUACUCAGAAUGGAAUCAGUAUGCCUCUGCAUUACACUCAAGAUUACCAAUUAAGUUAGAUGAAGCAUUGUCAGCUUUGAUUGAAAGAAACCAAUCGAGAGGUGCUGAGUUCCCAGCUCGUCAAAUCUUGAAGCAGAUUCAAAAAUUCACUACCGAUCCAUCGAUCGAUGCAAGUGUUAAUGAAGUGGUUAAACCAUUAAUUGAUAUUGCGACUAGAUACUCUAACGGUCUUGUUGAGCACGAGUAUGAAUUUUUCUCAAAUUUGAUCAAUGAAUACUUUGAAAUUGAAAACUUAUUCUCUGGUACAAAUGUUCGUGAGGAUGAUGUUGUUUUGAAAUUAAGGGAUGAAAACAAAGCUGAUUUAAAUAAAGUUAUUAGUAUUGUAUUAUCUCAUUCCAGAGUCAGCUCAAAAAACAAUUUAGUUUUGGCUAUUUUAGAUGAAUACCAACCACUAUUACAGUCAUCUUCCAAUACAGCUAACGGAAUUAGAAAUGCAUUGAAGGAUAUUGUUGAAUUGGAUACUAGAGGCGCGGCUAAGGUGGCUUUGAAAGCAAGGGAAAUGUUAAUUCAAUGCUCUUUGCCAUCAAUUCAAGAAAGAUCAGAUCAAUUAGAACAUAUCUUGAGAUCCUCCGUGCUUCAAACUUCUUAUGGUGAGAUCUAUGCUAAUCACCGUACUCCAAGAUUAGAUAUUAUUCGCGAGGUUGUCGAUUCCAAACACACAGUCUUUGACGUGUUGCCUCAAUUUUUAGUCAACCAAGAUGAAUGGGUUUCUAUUGCGGCUGCAGAAGUCUAUGUUCGUCGUUCAUAUAGGGCAUACUCCUUGGGACCGAUCACUUAUGACUUCCAUGACAAAUUACCGAUCAUUGAAUGGAAAUUCCAAUUACCAAGUCUUAACUCAUCCCAGUUAACUGGUGUUCAACAAACUCAGAAUCCAGAUCAACCUGCUAUGAACCGUGCGGCAUCUGUUUCUGAUUUGUCUUUUGUCGUCGAUCAAAACAAAGAACAAAAGACAAGAAUUGGUGUCUUAGUACCUUGUAGACAUCUUGAUGAUGUGGAUGAAAUGAUUACUGCAGCAUUAGAAAAGAUCCAACCUUCUGACGGUAUUACGUUUAAGGCUAAAGAGUCGGAGGAAUCUAAAGCUUCUUAUUUAAAUGUUUUCAACAUCGUCGUAACGAAUAUUGAUGGUUACAAUAAUGAAGAGGAAGUAUUGGCCCGGGUUCAUGAAAUUCUCGAUGAAUUUAAGGAAGACCUUAAGUCAGCUUCUAUUCGUCGUAUCACUUUCGUAUUUGCUAAUAAGAUUGGUGUUUAUCCUAAAUACUUUACUUUUACCGCACCAGAUUAUGUUGAAAACAAGGUUAUCCGUCAUAUUGAGCCUGCAUUGGCAUUCCAAUUGGAAUUGGGAAGAUUAAAUAACUUUGACAUUAAGCCGAUAUUUACCGACAACAGAAAUAUUCAUGUUUAUGAAGCUGUUGGUAAGAACUCUCCAUCUGAUAAGAGAUUCUUUACAAGAGGUAUCAUUAGGACUGGAAUUAUUCGUAAUGAUAUAAGUAUUAGUGAAUACUUGAUUGCCGAAUCUAAUCGUUUGAUGUCAAGCAUUUUGGAUGCACUUGAGGUUAUUGAUACUUCUAAUUCAGAUCUUAAUCAUAUCUUCAUCAACUUUUCUGCUGUAUUUAAUGUCUUGCCUGAGGAGGUUGAAGCCGCUUUUGGCUCAUUUUUAGAGAGAUUCGGUAGAAGAUUGUGGAGAUUACGUGUGACUGGGGCUGAAAUUAGAAUUGCAUGUACUGAUCCAAAUACUGGUAAUUCUUUCCCAUUGCGCGCAAUUAUCACCAAUGUCUCAGGUUACGUUGUUAAAUCUGAGUUGUAUAUGGAAGUUAAAAACACUAAGGGUGAAUGGGUUUUCAAAUCCAUUGGUUCUACGGGUUCCAUGCACUUGAGACCAAUUUCAACUCCUUAUCCAGCGAAGGAAUCGUUGCAACCAAAACGUUAUAAGGCUCAUAAUAUGGGUACUACGUACGUUUAUGAUUUCCCAGAAUUAUUCCGCCAGGCUACUCUUUCUCAAUGGAAAAAUCAUCCGAAAGAAAAAGUUCCUAAGGAAAUCUUUACGUCUUUAGAAUUAAUUUCUGACGAGAAUGGAGAUUUGACGGCAGUAGAACGUGAUCCUGGCAGCAACAAGAUUGGUAUGGUUGGAUUCAAGGUAACUGCCAAAACCCCAGAAUAUCCUCGCGGCCGUCAAUUUAUUAUUGUUGCCAAUGAUAUUACCCAUAAAAUUGGUUCAUUUGGUCCAGAAGAAGAUGAAUUCUUCAACAAAUGUACUCAAUUAGCUAGAAAAUUAGGAAUUCCAAGAAUUUAUCUUUCAGCUAAUUCCGGUGCCAGAAUUGGUAUUGCUGAUGAAUUGGUUCCACUUUUCAAUGUUGCUUGGAAUGUUGAAGGUUCUCCAGAUAAGGGUUUCAGAUACUUAUUCUUGACCCCUGAAGAUAAGAAGAGCAUUGAUGAAGCUGGAAAAUCUGAUACAAUUGUCACUGAAAGAAUCGUUGAAGAAGGCCAGGAAAGAUAUGUCAUCAAGUCGAUCGUUGGAGAAGAAGAUGGUUUAGGUGUUGAAUGUCUUAAAGGAUCUGGUUUGAUUGCUGGUAGUACCUCGAGGGCCUAUAAGGAUAUUUUCACUAUUACCUUAGUGACUUGUAGAUCAGUUGGUAUUGGUGCUUACUUGGUUAGAUUAGGUCAAAGAGCCAUUCAAGUUGAAGGUCAACCAAUCAUUUUAACUGGUGCUCCCGCUAUUAAUAAGUUAUUAGGUAGAGAUGUCUAUUCGUCUAACUUGCAAUUAGGUGGUACUCAAAUUAUGUAUCGUAAUGGUGUUUCCCAUCUUACAGCUUCAGAUGAUUUAGCGGGAGUUGAGAAGAUUAUGGAAUGGAUGUCUUAUGUUCCGGCUAAGCGUGAUAUGCCAAUUCCAAUUUUGGAAAGUGAAGACAGCUGGGAUAGAGAGGUUGAAUAUGUUCCACCUAAGGAUGAACCAUAUGAUGUUCGUUGGAUGAUAGAAGGAAAACAGUUAGAUAAUGGUGAAUUCGAAUCAGGUUUAUUUGAUAAGAAUUCUUUCCAAGAAACAUUAUCCGGUUGGGCCAAAGGUGUUGUUGUUGGUAGAGCACGUCUUGGUGGUAUACCAAUUGGUGUCAUUGGUGUCGAAACAAGAACUAUAGACAACUUAGUACCUGCUGAUCCUGCUAAUCCAGAGUCCACUGAAAUGAUGAUUCAAGAAGCUGGUCAAGUUUGGUAUCCAAACUCUGCUUUCAAGACUGCUCAAGCGAUUAACGAUUUCAACCAUGGUGAACAAUUGCCAUUAAUGAUUUUGGCUAACUGGAGAGGUUUCUCUGGUGGUCAACGUGAUAUGUUCAAUGAAGUUCUUAAAUACGGUUCUUUUAUUGUUGAUGCGUUAGUUGACUUUAAGCAACCAAUUUUCACUUAUAUUCCACCAAAUGGUGAAUUAAGAGGUGGUUCAUGGGUUGUUGUUGACCCAACCAUUAAUGCUGAUAUGAUGGAAAUGUAUGCUGAUGUCAAUUCCAGAGCUGGUGUUUUGGAACCCGAGGGAAUGGUUGGUAUUAAAUACAGACGUGACAAGUUAUUAUCUACUAUAGAAAGAUUAGAUCCAACAUACAGGGACCUUAAAAAGCAAUUAAACGAAAGCAAAUUAUCACCAGAAGAACAUGCCCAAAUUUCUGCUAAGUUGACUACUCGUGAAAAGGCAUUGUUACCAAUUUAUGCCCAGGUUUCAGUUCAAUUUGCUGACCUCCACGAUAGAUCUGGUCGUAUGUUAGCCAAGGGUGUCAUUAGAAAAGAAAUCAACUGGCCAGAAGCACGUCGUACCUUUUUCUGGCGUUUACGUCGUCGUUUGAAUGAAGAAUACUUGUUGAAACUUAUUGGUGAACAAAUCAAAUCAGACAACAAAUUAGAAAAGGUUGCCAGGUUGAAGAGUUGGAUGCCAACAGUUGACUAUGACGACGAUAUGGCUGUCAGCAAUUGGAUCGAACAGAACCACUCUAAGUUGCAGAAGAGAAUUGAAGAAUUGAAACACGAAUCCGCUCGUCAAAACUUAGUUAAUAUCUUGAGAGAGGACCCUAAAAGCUCGGUUUCCGUUAUUAAAGAUUUCUUAUCUAACCUUCCAGAGGACCAAAGAUCAGAAUUUGCGGCAUCCUUAAAAUAG